CUAGUAAUUAUAGCCAUUCGAUCCUUUGAUAAUCCUCCGAAACCUAGACGGCCCACAACUUAAAAUUUAGUUUUUUCUGUUGACUUGUUUUUGAAUCAAAGACGACCUGUAAUCCAUCAUCAUCUACAUAUACGUGCAGUGAAACAACCAUUUCUCUCCUCAAAAACCUAAUCACUCAGCUCCACCAUAUACACACACACUCGAUCCAUCAAGCUAGCAAGAAAUAUAAUAAUGUCAGAAUCUUCUCUCCCACCAGGGUAUAGAUUCUACCCGACAGAAGAAGAGCUGGUUUCUUUUUACCUAAGAAACAAGCUUCAAGGAGCACGAGAUGAAAUCCACACCGUUAUCCCUGUCGUCAAUAUCUACGAUUACAAUCCAUGGGAUCUCCCACAACUGGCGGGGGAGUAUAGCCGGAGCGACCCGGAGCAGUGGUUUUUCUUUAUUCCACGGCAGGAUAGGGAGGCGCGGGGAGGGAGGCCGACGAGGCUCACGGCGGAAGGGUACUGGAAAGCCACGGGGUCGCCGGGGUGCGUUUACUCGGUUAAUAAUCGCAUUGUUGGAGGGAAAAGAACCAUGGUGUUCUACAGAGGGAGAGCUCCCAAUGGAAGGAAGACGGAGUGGAAGAUGAACGAGUACCGAGCCAUUGAAGAAGAAGCUUCAGCAUCAUCGAUUGCUAAUAAUACUGCAAACUUGAAGUUGCACCAAGAAUUCAGCCUGUGCCGAGUGUACAAAAGAGCAAAAUGUGUUAGGGCGUUUGACCGGCGGCCGACGAGCAGUGGACCAGCAAUCACCGCCGCAGCGUUUCAGCCGUCGCCGCCUCAGGCUGCUUAUUUUAACCUGCAGGGCCCAUCGACAUCGCAACAGAUCACUGCGGCGCCGGCCGGCGAUAAUCAGAGAAGCAGCUCGUCCUCAGGCGGCGACCUGGAUAGCAGCUUGGAUUUUCCUCCUUACGCCUUCAGCUGGGACGAAUUCGACGAGCUCCACUGUCUCCUUGGAAAUGCUCAGUAGGAUCGGAUCGGAUCGUCUGAAUUAAGUCUAUACUUUCGAUCCAUUGAACAAUUAGUUAUUUAUGUACAAGUUUUAAUUUUAACUUAUUUUAUGUUUAUCUAUAUUCUCUCUAAAAUGUUCUUGUAUGUAGGCGCAAAACAGUUAUAAAUGACUGAGUUGCGGCUAUCUAUCACAACUUACAGUUUGCGUGGGGACAAAUGUUUUUCCCUUGCUAGGGAGUGACUCUUUACUUGCUAUUCAAUGAAUUAGGGGUAAAGGUAAUCUUUGGGGUCCUAA